ACUCCCUGUGUGUGCCUGCUGCAGCAGCUCAGGAUGGACGGGCAGGACACCAGCCCACAGAUGGAUGAGCAGCUGUACUCCCGGCAGUUGUAUGUGCUGGGGUUGCCGGCCAUGCAGAGGGUCCGGAAAGCCAAGGUCCUGCUGUCAGGCCUCCAGGGCCUGGGGGCUGAGGUGGCCAAAAACCUGGCCCUGAUGGGUGUGGGCAGCCUUACACUGCACGAUCCCCACCCUACCCACUGGACUGACCUUGCUGCCCAGUUUUUCCUUUCAGAGAGGGAUUUGCAGAAAAACAGGGCUGAGGCAUGUCAGAAGUCUGUGGCUGAGCUCAACAGCGAGGUGCAGGUGUCUGUCCACAAAGGGGACCUCACUGAGGACCUGCUGAAGGCCUCCCAGGUGGUGGUGCUGACCAAUGCGGGGCUGGAGGAGCAGCUGAAGGUGGGCACCUUCUGCCAUAAGUAUGGAAUCUACUUCCUGGUGGCUGAUACCCGGGGCCUCGUGGGGCAUUUGUUCUGUGACUUUGGUGAGCAGUUUAUUGUGGAGGACCCCACCGAGGAGGAACCCCUGAAAGCUUCCAUCCAGCACAUCUCCCAGGGGAACCCCGGCAUCCUCACUCUGCAGGAUGAUUCCCACCAUUUCCAAGAGGUAGACCGGGUGACCUUCUCCGGUGUUGAGGGCAUGGUGGAACUCAACGGCUGUGACCCCCAUCCCCUCCAUGUACAGGAGGAUGGGACCUUCAAGAUCGGGGACACAUCCUUUUAUUCUCAGUACCUACGUGGUGGACUUGUCAUUGAAGUUAAGAGAGCCCAGACUGUGAGCCAUAAGCCCUUGGAUGUGGCCCUGCUGCAGCCCCAGGUGGUGGCCAAGGACACUCAGCGUGCACUCUGCCUGCAUCAGACCUUCCGGGCCCUGCACCAGUUCCAGCACGAGCGGGGCCACCCACCUCAGCCCUGGAAUUCUACUGAUGCAGAAGAGGUGGUGGGCCUGCUCCGGACUCUGGAACCACUAAGGGGACCACAGGGCGAGCCCCUGCAAGAGCCCUGGGAUGAGGGCCUGGUGCGGAGAGUCGCCCUGAGCAGUGCCGGUGUCCUGAGCCCCAUGGCAGCUGUGCUGGGUGCACUGACUGCCCAAGAAGUGCUGAAGGCAAUCACCAGGAAGUUUAAACCGCUGGACCAGUGGCUGUACUUUGAUGCACUCGAUUGCCUUCCAGAAGAUGAGGAGGCCUUUCCCAGACCCGAGGACUGCGCCCCAAGUGGAUGCCGCUACGAUGGGCAAACUGCAGUGUUUGGGGCCGGUUUUCAGGAGAAGCUGAGGCACCAGCACUACCUCCUGGUGGGUGCUGGUGCCAUAGGCUGCGAGUUGCUCAAAGGCUUCGCCCUAAUGGGCCUGGGCACGGGGGACCGCGGGGGUGUGACUGUCACCGACCCAGACCACGUGGAGCUGUCCAACCUCAGCCGACAGUUUCUCUUCAGAUCUCAGGAUAUUUCUAGGCCAAAGGCAGAGGUGGCUGCAGAAGCCGCACGCCGCCUGAACCCAGACUUGCGGGUGACCCCCUACACCCGACCGCUGAACCCCUCCACAGAGAACAUCUUCGGGGACCGUUUCUUCUCAGACCUGGAUGGUGUGGCUGCCGCCCUGGACAGUUUCGAGGCUCGGCACUACAUGGCAGCUCGCUGCAACCACAACCUGAAGCCACUGCUGGAAGCAGGCACACUGGGCACCCGGGGCAGUGCUUCGGUGUUUGUGCCACAUAAGACCGAGCAGUACACAGGACCCAGAUCAGAUGCAUCCGCGGAAGGGGGCCGCUACCCUGUGUGCACUGUCAAGCACUUCCCCAGCAGGACAGAGCAUACCGUGGUGUGGGCCCGGGAGCUGUUUGAGAAGCUCUUUUAUCCAGCUGCUGAGAUCAUCAACCAACAACAACCGGCAGACACCCAGAGGCCACAGCCACAGGAGCUGCAGGAAGUGCUGGGAGAACUGAGGCAGCGACCGCAGACCUGGCAGGACUGUGUGGUGUGGGCCCUUGGCUGCUGGCACCUGCACUUCCACUCGGACAUCCAGUGGCUGCUGAGAUUCUAUCCACCUGAUAAAGUGUCUCCCGAUGGAAUGCGCUUCUGGUCACCUCCCAAACAGUGUCCCCAGCCCUUGAAGUUCGAUGCCAGCCAAGACAUGCACCUGCUCUUCGUGCUGGCAGCGGCCAACCUAUACGCCCAGAUGCACGAGCUGACUGGCUCACCAGACCAGGCUGCACUCAAGGAUCUGCUGAAGACAUUGCCACUGCCUGAUGCUCAGCACCAAGCCCCCGUCUUCACUAGUGACCUGGAGCUGGCUCAGGUGUCCAGUGAACUUGGAACUGUGCAGCCGAGGAGGAAGCGGAGCAGAGCCUGGGAAGACUGGAGUCAGGGCCCUUCCUUGAAGACCCUGAUGUUUAACAAGGAUGAUGACAGCAAUUUCCAUGUGGACUUUGUGACGGCAGCAGCCAGUUUGAGGGCACAGAACUACGGGAUCCAACCGGCGAACAAGGCCCAGAGCAAGCAAAUCUUGGGCCAGAUCAUCCCAGCCAUUGCCACUACCACAGCAGCUGUGGCUGGCCUGCUGGGCCUGGAGUUGUACAAGGUGGUAGAUGGGUCUCGGCCCCUUCAUGCCUUUCGCCACAGCUACCUACACAUGGCUGAAAACAGUUUGCACCGCCAGAUACCCUCUGCCCCAGCCAUCCAAACGUUCCAGAACUGGAAAUGGACCUGUUGGGACCGCGUGGAGGUGUCUGCAGGGCAGCCUGAGAGGACCCUGGAGUCACUACUGACCCAUCUCCAGGAACGUCACGGGGUGAGGGUGCGCAUGCUACUGCAUGACACAGCCUACGUAUACUCAGCACGAUGGCCGCCUGAAAAGAGGGAUCAGUACCUGUCCCGCAGUGUGACUGAAGUGAUGCGGGAGAUGGGCUGGGAGCCUAAGCCUGGACAGCAGGUGUUGGAACUGGAGCUGAGCUGUGAGGGGGAAGAGGACGACACCACCUUCCCCCCACUGCACUACCAACUGUGGCCAGACUGCAGCACUGCCCCCAUCCCCCCCACCCCCGCCCCGUCCUGCAUGCCAAGCCCAGGAGGCCCUCAAUAA